CACACGAUAAUUGACGUGAUCAACGGGUCCCUUUGUCAGGAAUGAAUGACGAAGAACAUUCGACGUCAGAGUCUCUUACUCGUAGCCAAGUUUUCACGUCUGCAAGCACGUACACUGAUUUCUUUCAUUCAUAAAUCUAUCUCAAUUGCACUGUUUCAGUAUCGUCGAUAUGCCUUCCAACAACGCCGCCUGGCUAGUCGCCGCAAAGACGUCACCACUUGAGGUCAAGGAAGCGCCCCUCACCGAACCAUCCCCAGGCCACAUCCUCGUCAAAAACUCAGCCAUUGCCAUCAACCCCGUCGACAUCGCCAACCAAUACGUCGGCAUCUUCAUCCAGCCGUCCCAAUACCCCAUUAUUCUCGGUGAAGAUGUCGCCGGCACCGUGGAAGCCGUAGGUCCUGAUGUCACCGCCUUCAAACCCGGCGAUAGAGUCCUAGGCUACGCGACGUCACUCGCUACCAAGGAUAAUGCGCACAGCGCGUUCCAGGAAUACACGGUUAUUCGCGCAGAGUGUGCUUCUAAAAUUCCAGAGGGCUUGAGCUUUGAACAGGCUGCUGUUUUGCCGCUUUCGCUUGCUACGGCUGCGUGGUCGCUUUUUGGCGAUGUUACCCUUGCGAUGAGAUAUCCUAGUCUUAACCCUACUCCUACCGGUGAGACGGUCCUCAUCUGGGGAGGAUCAUCUAGUGUAGGUGGUUCAGCAGUUCAACUUGCGAAAGCGGCUGGGUACGAAGUUAUCACCACUGCAUCUGCCAAAAACCACGACUACGUCAAGAGUCUUGGAGCAGACCACGUCUUCGAUUACAAGUCCCCCCAAGUCACCAAGGACAUCGCCUCUCUCCUCACAGGCAAGAAACUUGCUGGUGCUUUUGACGCGAGCGGUUCAGAAGACGGCAUGGACAGCGCAAGCCAAUCAAUUGUUCACGCCGAUGGUCUCCGUAAACUCAUCUGCGUGCGAUCCGUCUCCUCUGAAGUCCCCGGCGUUGAGGCCAAGACUAUUCUUUCGACUAGUAUUAUCAGCACCCCUGUUGCCAAGGCUGUUUUCGGGGAUUAUAUACCCGCUGCUCUGGAGCAGGGCAAAUUCAAGGCUGUCCCGGAAGCGGAGGUUGUUGGAAAGGGCUUAGAGGCUGUUCAGCUGGGCAUCAACACGCUCGCCAAGGGCGUUUCGGCUAAGAAGAUCGUCGUUGCUCUAUAAAGAGGAAUGGGACUAUAUAAAUGAGAUUCAGGAGAGAGCUUUGAACAUAGAUGACUAGUUUAAGAGAUACGAAGAGUUGCACUAUUUGCUGUAAUGCCUUCCU